GGCGGUAUUUACGACUCCAACGAGCGCCAGCCCCAUGCCAAAUGCCUUCCCGGCACUCGAACCGAACUUCUCCAGUCACUCACUGCUCUCGUCAACGAGGGCAACACCGAUACACGCAAGAUCAUCUGGCUAUCCGGAGAAUCUGGCUCGGGCAAGUCAGUGAUAGCACACACGUUGGCUGACCAGCUCCGCCAGGAGGGCGAGCUCGCAGGCACGUUCUUUUUCUCCAGGAAGCACACGAAGCGGAGCACCUUCAACCGCUUCUUUCUCACCAUCGCGUACCAACUAGGGUUGCAGCAUCCCCUCGCCCAAGGACUCAUCAUGAAGGCUAUCUCAGACGACCCUGCGCUGCUUACUCCGGAGAAGUCACGCCUCGACCAGCUCGAGAAGCUCGUUGCUCUCCCCCUCAAGCAGUUGGCGCGU